CGUAACGCUGCUCUUUGCUAAUGCCAGUCAUAUCGUCGUUACAAUGGAAUUCGGCCACACGACAACCAGGACGCGGCUUGCUCCCCAGGGAAGCGUCAACUUGAACGAUCUCCGGCUCUCUGUAUCACAAUCUCGAGCCAACUUCACCAGAGUCAGGGCCCGUGCAGGUCGAUCGAAGAGCAACACAGGACCCAGAGCCGAUUUCCUCACGUUCGUCUCACUCACUUGUGAGAUAUACCAAGCCCAGGGAGAUGACCUGGUUCCAAUCCAACAGUAUCCGUCCGUUCUCGAGACUUACCAGGGGAAAGGACACACGAGCCUCGUCACGCAUGCCCAGCUAGCCCUAGCCGCGCCCUCCAAUUUCAGUCGCGGCACCAUCGGAUCGUACUCGGAGGGCAUCGUCAUCAAGCGGCCAAGGCACAGCAUCCUGGAAGAGAGCGCCGAUGGCCUCAACAGCUUCAUCACAGAGUUGCGCAUUAGAUCCCACGCGCCGCUAAAGUCUCAUCCAAACAUCACCCGCCUCCGCGGAGUGGGCUGGGACUUUGAAGACGAGGGUGCCACUAUUCCACGUCCCAUCCUCCUCGAAGAAUUCGCUCCGCAAGGCGCCCUCGACAACUUCUGGAAAAACUGGAAGUUUGUCAAGAUGAGCUUCAAGGCUAAAUUGGAUUUCUGCCGCGACAUCGCGGAAGGGUUGUCCGUGCUUCACGACUGCGGCGUGGUGCAUGGAGACGUCAAGCCCGAGAACAUUCUCGUUUUCCCUCGGCACGAUGCGCGGGACUCCUUCAUGCUGAAACUGACAGACUUCGGCCACUCUGUCAUAGAAUCCGAUACUGCAGAGACGCUGCCAGCAUUCACGCCGCAGUGGUCCGCUCCUGAGGUUACCAAGAUGACCAGCAUGACUUUCCAGCAGAUGAAGGCCACGGACUACUAUUCGUUUGGGUUGGUCACACUGUCGAUCAUGCUGGGCCGCGCAUUCUACACGGAAGUGGAAGAAGUUGAGAGCCAUAAACAGGAUGGCAGCAUACUUCUCGAGUUGGUGGGCAUUGUCGAGAAGGAAGAUCGAUGCAACGACGACUCGGACCUCGAAGUAGGCACCAUUGCCCGCCUUCUCAGCAAGACGGUCCAGUUGAACCCCGACGCUCGAAGUUUAAGGGGCUCAAUGGACAUCAUCGACUUGUAUCUGGUCGAGAACCAGAUCACGAGUAGCCGCGUGCCGGUUGUUUAUUGCCCGACGGUUCGGGUACCAGCACUCGAUGUCAUUUCCAAGGUUUCUGUUGGUUAUCAUACCCUCAUCAACUGCAGUCAUCACUUGAAGGCGCGCAUCGUGGCCACGCUUCUCGAGUUAGCCACCAAGCCAAAUGAUCCACGAAACUCGGCUGCGCAAUGGGAACUUGCCAUUUGUCAUUUCUCCGGGUUCGGUAUCCCGAGAGAUUUUGAAGCAGCCUCUCAUUGGCUGACCAUGGCUCGCGAGAAUGGAGUUGCCGCUGCGCAAGAGUUCUUCAAACCGCUCCAGGACGCCAUCGUCGUGGCCAAAGGAAUCAGAGACCGCGACAAAUCGGCCUCUUGGCAGCGAAGCAAGACCACCUCUUCGCAGUCUGAGAGACUAGCAGUCACCAACACAACCGCCGCAAUCCUGGAGAGCAUUACUUUAGACGUUAAUGUUCCAAAAGACAGAGCAAGUGGUAGCGUUAGCAUCAACCAUGGACUUGAACCCAAAGUCCCUGGCACCGCCGAGUGGUUCCGCCCAACAGACGACCGAACUAUCGACCCGAAACACAAGUCUAUGGCAUCGAUUCAGAGAUACCUCCAAGACAGCGAAAUCGAUGAAGACCUAACGCAAUCGGUUCCAACAUCGAUGACUAGCGCUUUACAGGAGGCCAUCAAAACCGAUUCAGUCGACCAGCUCAAAGUCAUCAUCGCCAAUGACCUAAAGUCGAUCAGUAGCGUCGACGAUUCAGGCAACACACCGCUCUUACUUGCCGCUCAUCACGGCCAACUCGAGGUCUUCAGAUAUUUGCUCGGCCGGGAAAACCCGAGAGCAUCUGUUUACAACAAGUCUGGCCAGACCGCGCUACAUCUUCUCACCAAGUUUGACGACAAGCACGUGAAUGAGUUCGUCGUACUUCUUGUCAAAAGUGGCGCCGAUAUUCUUCACGAAGCUCUUCCGGUUCGCAAAGAUGAUGAGACGCUUCUUUUCUCCCUUGGCCUACGAUGUUGCCCUAUGCUCAACUCAAUCCUGCACAAUAGGACAGCCCUCCUCGAAAGCCUCCUGGAAGCUGCCCAUGGCGAUCCGUCGGGCUCAGUCUGUCAAAUUUGCGAGGCUGGUUCCCGAUUCAGGCGUAUUUUAGCCGUUUGUCUAUCAUUGUUCCGAAUCGACGCUUUGGAAAUCCUGCGAAAUCACCUGAAAACACACGGAGAGUUUCAUACGAUCGACCUUGCCAAAGUACAAGUCUGGACGGGCCAGAAUCUAUUGCGACUUUCUCAAGUCCCUUUCAAAAGCGUCGCAGUAUCAACAAUAGACCUUCCAGAGGAUUUCUUUCGCGCUAUGAUUUACGGAGGCAGUUAUAGCGACGUCCUUGAACGGACAAUCGACUUUGUCACCACCGUCGAGGACCCUAAGUUUGUUUCGCGUUCAUCACUUGAGAUGGACACUCUGGCGGCUGCCGUUGCUGGAGAUAGUUUGGAUGCCGUCAAUUUCAUGCUGGAUAGAACUACGGCGACACAACAAGAUCUUCCAUUGUGGCUUUUGUCACCGAUCGAGAGCUCUCAAUUCGGGACUAAAACCGUAAGCCCUCACCUCCUGAGGAAGUCCAUAACUUCUGGGCUGCGACACAUCUUUGACCGAUUACUUUGCGAACAUGUUUCGCUUCUCAGAGACGAAUUCCAGUUUCCGUGCCAAAAAGAGCCAUGCCGCGACAAUCCUCACUGGUGGCUGAAAAACUAUCGGCUGCUCCAAGGCCAGGAUAUGUAUAGAGCGCGUCCCGAAGGUCACACUCACAGCUGCUCUAUCGUAGAAGGAUUACUCAACAAUGCCAUCUACGCACGACAUCAGGAUUCAUACUUUUUGUCAAAGAUUGUCGACAAAGUCGAGAAUCAAAAGCUCUUCAAUGCUCCUAGAUGUCUCCUCAAUGCCGUACGAAUUCUAAACUUGAACGCGGCGAGCAUCCUGCUGAGCAAGAAUCCAGACCUUCUGAUGAGCAAAUUAAUGGCGCCAUACGACUCUACGUUAUCGGGUUUCCUCUCGUUAACAAAUUGGGAAGGCUUUGAACGGCUAGAACUAGAACGUCUCGAGGAACCAGUUCUUAACCUGAUCUUGAGAUCCGGCUCAUAUGAGCAAUGUCGGUUUGUGUUGAAGCACCUGUGUUCCCGGAGGUCAGCCGGAUUAGGAUACCCGGUGAGCUCACGGUGGAGAUGGCUUCAGUCAAAGUGGCAUUUCCAGCGACAGAAAGACAAGAGCAUACUCGAUACUGCGGAAGAAAGCGUACCUGAAUGGCAGAGGUGUCCCUUACAAGCAGAGGAGUACGAGUCAUUGGUCGUGGGCAAUAUCCUGCAGAAUAGCUUGGAGAGAAAGGCUUUGUGGAACGUCAUCGAAGUGCAAGUUGCGAACGGUCACUCUGUUUCCGGAGUUUACCUAAGGUUGGCGAUCAAAAGUUCCAACACAGAGGCGCUCCUCGAACUGCUCAACAGAGGCUGGCGAGUCAACGGGACAUGGAAAGAUUGCCUUGACACGCCUCUGCAAGGAGCCUUGGAGCACUCCAAAUGGUGGGCCAACAAACGAAAGUCGUCAUUGCGUCCUAAAGUAACGAGCAUGUUGGAACAAGAGGCUCUGAUGAAGCUGCACAACGUGGACGGGCAACCAAAGCUUCACGACCCUAAUCUCCAAACUCACAGGGAAAUCUAUAGCGAGUACAGCAAGAUUCGCGAAUCUUUGCUGUACGCACUGUACGAGCGCAAGCUGGACGAAGCCGCCAUAAUCCUUCGCGCUCGUGGGGGCCGCGUCUCGCCAUUCUCAAUCAUCACCACCACUGGACCUACAGCCAGCAAGACAGCCCGCGCCUGGGUAGCAGUGCUGCAUGCUCUGCUAUAUGCAGUAAUACUGCCUGUAGCUGUUGUCUACGGCACGCAGAACGUGUUGCACCCUAUGUCUACAGGACAGAAGUGGGGGUUCGUGUACCUCUGGGCUCUCUUGUCGUAUGCUUUCCCCCAUUUUAAGCUUGUAUCCAAGGGUGCGAGAGAGUUUUCGGGGUCAAAAGGUCAAGCGAUGUGGUACUUUGCGUGUUUUACCUGCUUUCUGUUUCACCACAUCGGCCUUCCUGUUCUUGUCAUGAGAUACCACUGGAGUCCGCUUCAAUUCUGUAAGUAUUAUGUAGAAGCCGGGGAACUGAGGUCGAGUUGCAGCAACUACACAUUUCUGUUGCCACUCGUUUUCAUAGGGGUUGAACUUGUGUUGUUGGUCCUUUUCUUUACAGGAUUCAUUGUUUGGGGCCCCUGAAAAAACACUUCCAGUUUUGCUUCUUCACGUCUCCAGCACAGCUACAAUACAAGAGACACCUAGGGAAGUAUCCCAACGUACCUUAGUAAACGAAGUCUAUUUUACAAGUUGAAUCUAAGAUCUAUAGAGACAAACAGACCGUGCAUAGACUGUUUACAUACGCUAGAUAGCUAUAUGCUCUUUAAUGUGGAUGCUAUCAAGGGAACGUUACUGAUCUAGCCACAUGAACAACAUGAUGAUUUCAUCGUUGUUUUGAUUUCUUGCCGUUACUUGCCUUCAUUUACCCUCGUAAAUGAUCUAGUCGAUCCUAGGUUAUGCGACUUAGUGGUCCCACUAUGCUUUUUAGCCUGGCAUCUCAGCCUCUCUCAGUUCCACUGAUUCUUGAAACAUGUAUCUUCAGCCAGCUGUUCUCGUACACUCACACUUCUGUGUUACGUCAGGAUCAUCAUAACCGCUUACUCAAAAGUCCUGGAAAGUCGGAGAAACAGCUUGCCAGUCGGCUGCCCGCAUGACCCUCUCAACAAACUCUCUCAAGGCGGGGAGACGGCAUGAACGUCGACGUCUCUCCCCGCAACCCACAUACGAUUGCGACGUGGGCCGCCGUCGGCUUUACACCAUUGGAUCAUGGUUGCAGGUUGCUCCGGAGAGGGAACCGUUGCCCCGGCGGCCGGGCCCCGAGGGGUUCCGCCGGAUCGGCACACGAUGGAGACCAGCCGACGUUGUGAUGUUCGCUGUUCCCUACCGCGGACGGACAGGGGGAGGGGUUUGCUGCGGGGAUGAGAGUUUGAUUGGCGCGGCAAAGAUCAACAUGUCGUGUCCACGCCCGGGUCGGCGAGGACAUGUGUUU